UAUGUGUUAAUGUGAUGCUAUUUUCAGUGAGGACAUAAGAGUAAUUGAACAACUCUCUUCACCGUCUUCCUUACCCUCCGCCCCGCCGUGAACUUCUCACAAACUCCACUAUCAGAGCUGCUGCUACUUCUUCUUCUUCUUCACACAAAGAAACGGACGUGUUUCAGCAAUCAGAGCCUUGGAGAGGAAAAUUUUGACACCAGGGGUUAUUAAUAUCUAAGCUUUGAUUGUAAGUACUAGUUAUGAUUACAGAUCUAUACAAUGAAGAAAGGCUUGCACCCUCAAUUGCAGUAUGUAUCAUAUGUCACUCCGAGUGGCAGAUUGAUGAGUGCUAUGAUGACCAAAGCACACAAUGUCAGUAAAGUCUACCACCUCAGAGCAAAGCGCCAAAUGAUUGAAAGUAUUGGGCAGCUUGCCAAGUUCAGACGUCGUUAUGAGAUGGGGAAUGAUGAAAAUGCUGACAAUGCUGAAAAUGUUGAAAAUGCUGAAAAGAAGUGACCUUCAGUGCAGCUAAAGGAUCAGCUGUUUGCUUGGAUGGUUCAUUCUGAAUUCGUUUUGAGGGCAUGGCCUUGUGAGUGUUAAGCAUUUAAUGUUCGCUUCUUUCAAAAUCAACCCCUUUUCAGAGUCUAGUCUUUUACAGGACAGCGAGUUAUUUCUUAUUAUGGUUUUGAUGUGCUUUUACCAUUAGAAUGAUCUAAUCUGCAUUCCUAUUUUCUUUUGAUCAUUUUCCACCCUCUUCUCUUACUGGGAAGCCUAGAUUUAUGAAACAUCGAGGUGUUUGGCACACCGAUUUUCAUAACUAUAAGUUGUGUUAAAUAACUCAACUUCGAUAGCAUUUAUUAUUGAAGUUCACACAUUUAUAUAUGAACACCAUCUUCUCCUC